GACCCCUCAGGGACUCACUGACCCCUCAGGGACUCACUGACCCCUCAGGGACUCACGGACCCCUCAGGGCCUCACGGACCCCUCAGGGACUCACUGACCCCUCAUGGACUCACGGACCCCUUAGGGACUCCCUGACUCACAGGGGUUGGCUGGAGACAACACAUCACGUGACCAUGACGUCACAGAUGGUGUAUGCUGUUUACUUCCGGCUCCUUCAUGAAGUAUUUAUAAAUGUAUUCACUAGUUUGUCCAAACGGCUUCAGUGACAACAAUAAAUAAUUAAUAAGUUAAUUGAAUGUUUCUAUGUUCGUGUUUAAUCCGUCACGUUAUAAACGGUGACGUCACGUUGCAUUGUGGGUAAUUCCCUUCAUCACGGAAACGGUUCAGAGGACUCAACGUAUCGGCUCGAGACACAAGACUAAACCCCCCAGACCGGGACCUUUGAUCCAGGACCCCCCUGUGAGACCAGGACCGUUGAUCCAGGACCCCCCUGUGAGACCAGGACCAUGUCCGGACCGGGUCUCAAGCCGUGGUCCGCCGUCGCGCUGUCGGUGCUGAGCUCCGCCGGAGCGGCGGCCGCUGGAGGCUGCCUGGGCGCCCUGGUCUACCCGGUCCUCACAGAGCUGAAGGCAGAUUGGACUGAAGAGAGGGUUUUGGGUCCCUGGAUUAUCCUAGUCCUCUCAGUCCUAGUAGGCUGUGUUUGCUGUCUCUUCUCAUGGACCCUGACCCACCUGGACUCGUACGGGCCGGAUACGGGACCACCACCGACCCACCUGAGAGAUGUCUCUGACCCGGGUGGCCUCGUGGGUUCUGGUGUAGCGGGGCUGAACGGCCUCUUGGCGAUGCUCACCGUCAUCUGGAGCCUCACCUGACACUCCCUCAGGUGUCUGAUCCCACCUGACACCAGACAUCUGGAAGCUCAGCAGGAUUCUGCUGCAGGCUGGAGACAUCCUGGAGACAUCCAGAAGACAUCCAGAAGACGUCCAGAAGACAUCCUGAAGACAUCCAGAAGACGUCCUGAAGACAUCCAGAAGACGUCCAGAAGACGUCCUGAAGACGUCCAGAAGACGUCCUGUGUGGACACUGCAGCAGCCAUGUUGUGACAGGACAUGUUGAUGAUGGUCUGUCCACCAUGUCUUCCAUAUCAUUAUUAUAAUAUUAUAUACACUGGGAGGAAGUUUCCUUGUUUGAUAUUAAGUUGUGGGGGAGUCAAGGUGGUUUUGGGAGAUGGAUCAAAGGGGAAUAUUUAAUUCAGGGAAUAAAGUCAAAAUAUAUAUUCUAAUAAAUAAUACAUGUGCAUGA